AGACAGAGGAGCCUGGAGGGCUAUAGUCCAUGGGGUCCCAAAGAGCCAACACGACUUAGCAACUAAACUAAAACAAUCUCAACUACAGCAGCAGAGAUGAAGCAGUGGUCAGAGCUCUGGGGAAAAGGUUUUGAGUGGAAGUCAGCCACGGUGAAUUGGUUACAGGUGAGAUUGCAGAGGAAGGCGCGUCCCGAGGACAGUGAGGGGCCACAGGAGCUGCAACCGCUCAGCUGCAACCGCUCGUCUGGGGCUGCUGGUCAGAAUCCGGAAGCUAAAAGCCCCGAGUAAGAGCGUCCCAUCUGGUCCUGCGUUCGGCAAGUUGCUGGUCUGAGGCAUUCCCCAGAAAAAUAAGGAGGCCAUGUGGACAGGCAGGACCUGAGGUUCUCACACAGGUCACACAUCACACACACGCGCGGCCAUUGCGCAAUCUCCCGUCCCGUCCGGGCCUGUGUGGGCCUGGCCUUCAGCCCAGGGAGUUGAAGGCCUCUCCCCACACUGGUGGCAUUGAUCGGGUAAUUCCGUGGAAAUCCAGUGCCUCCCACGCUCUGAGACCGAAGGAUGGGUGCUGGGAGCCCCCUCUCCAAGUAGGCGUGAGGAUGUUCGGGUGGCGGCGAACAGUGGCAUGCCACGCCCCACGCCGAACUGUCCUCAGGGCCCUGAUGGUCGCCCGUCGCCAUGUGGGAGGAUGUGAUGGAGAAGCUCCGCUUCCCCAGAGCUCAUGGGCUGGAGUCUGAGGAUGCUCGUCCCAGGCGGGAGGUGGGCCGGCUGCCAUGCCGCCUGUCCGUGCGGCUCCCAGAGAACGGGGCUGUGGGGAGCCGGUGCGCUGGGGGACAGACAGCCAGGGGCUCACCUGCCCACCGCCCCAGCAGCAGAUGGGAACAACCUAACCCACAGUGGAUGCCAGCCGAGGCCGACGGAGCUGGGGUCAGCAGCCGUGACUCCUGAGGGAGGUCAAGGGAAGUGUUUCUCUAGAAUUUGAAGCCUGUUGUGCAAGUAAGGAGACCAGCCGCGGGUUCCAAAAGGCGUCCCUCAUACGCCAGGACAGGCAGAGCGGUGGGCGGCAGGCCCUGUCGUGUCACCCACUGCGGCUUAACUGCUCAGGGGCAUCCAGCACCCAGCCCACACAGAGUCUGCCCUGCCGAGGACAGAUGGGCGGGAAGGCUGUCCCGGGAAAGGCAAGUGCAGAAGGCACCCUCGUGUGGCAGCUGGGAACGGAAAACAGUGCGGCCGGCCACUGCGGACGGCCGCCCAGACGUGCCCCAGUGGUCAAACAGCACAUCACAUGUCCAGUCCUGCAUUUCCACGUGAGAGAAAUGAAAACAGGCGUUCAAGCAAACACUUGUACACUAAUGUUCAGUGCAGAAUUUUCCCUAACUGCCAAAACGUGGAAACAACCCAAGUGUCCAUCAACUGAUGAAUGGCUAAAUGAAUUGUGGUCUACCCACAGGAUGGAAUAUUACUCAGCAAUAAAAAGGAAUGAAAUACUGGUACGUGGUCAGCCCACAGAAAAUAUCACGGUCAGGGGAAGAAGCCAGACGCCAAAAGGCCAUACAUUGUAUGAUUCCACUUAUAUGAAAAAUCUAGGACAAGCAGAUCCAAAGAGUGAAUUAGUGGUUGCUAGGGGCUGAGGGAGGAGCAAAGGGGAGUGAUGGCUUAGUAAGCAGAGUUUCAUUUUCGGGUGUGGAAAUGUACUGGAAUUAGUGGUGAUGACGAUGGCACAGCACAGAAAGUACAUGAACUAAAAAAUAUAACAAAAACAAAAACCAACCUGAAUUGCACACUUUGAAAUGGUUCAGUUAUGUUUUGUGAAUUGCAUCUCAGAAACAGAAGGCGCUCAGCAUAAGGUGUUCCUGCCUUUGGCGUGCUGGGGUGUCCACUUGAGGUGGCGGGGGCCGGCCCACCCACCAACAUCCGGAAGUCAUCCGAGCCCCGGCCAGAGGGACAGUACUGCGCCGGCAGGAGACAAGUGCAUGUGUGUCUGAGUGAUAUUUUUACAAUGAGAACAAGGUCUUGGGAAUUGUUAGGUAAAAUAAAACAUCAGCUUCUUGUCCAUGGUCAAGCUGACUGCACACCAAGCAGCUGUUACAUCAGAAGAUUAAUGCGGGGUUGACAGCAUUCUCCCCGGGGCACAGACUUCUCUUCAACCAGGUGUGUCUCAAUCCACUCGCUUCAAGAAGAAAAUGCUUUGUGGGUAGAUGGAGACACCUGCUGGGAAUAAUGGGCAGCGUGCUGGGGCGCAGGGCAAUGCCCUGUGGAGGCCAAGCGCGGGGCACUUCAGUCACCACAGAUGAGGAGCUGUGACUCCACGAGGCCUGACUCCGGCAGGACGUGCGGCUCAAUUUGUCUGACCCUGGAGCCCUGGCUCCCACCACUGCCCACCUCAUUCAGUGUCCGCCUCUCACGGGUCAGCCUUACUCUCUGCAGGGGGGUGGUCUGCAGGGCAGGCCCAGGCUGCUACCACCCCAGCCUUGCUUGAGUCUCUGCCUCUGCAGGUUUCACAGAUUUCCUUGGUCUGCCUCCAAGAAGCCAGGUUGACCCUGCAGGGGACCAACUGCAGAGCUGCUGGGGCGGCUGCCAGGACCCUCUACUCAUGGGGCCAGCCCAGGGACGCCAGCAGGCGAGGAUCUGGGGUCCCCACGCACAAGGGAGCCAUGAGUGCUGAUGUGGGGACCCCUCCACCCCUUCUCUUUGCACAGCUGCAACCCAGGCGUGAACCCGGCCCCUCACAGAGAAGGGGACCCCACAGGAGUGCCGAGCCUUCAGAGGCUGUGGCCCUGCCAACACCUUGAUUUCAGAUGCCUGGCCUGUAGAACUGAGUCAAGUCUUGUUGUUUCAAGCUGCCCAGUCAGUUGUAGCCACACAUGCAGAGACCAGCCCAGCACCCUCGACGGGAUGGGUGGGUUGCAUGGGGAGGCGGCCUCUCCUGACCCCCAGUGAUGCCCUCAGAUGACUGUUCAAUGCCGGACAGAGGGUCGCGGGUGACGCAGCGGUACCUGGAAGCUGCAGCCCCGUCUUGCAGGAAGGGGCCGUGUACUCACAGGAGGCAGGGCUGAGGACGCCUCCAGACACCCUGCCCCCACAGGUGGCUCCUCUGCACGUCUGCUGGGCCAGAAACUGGCCUCCCAGCACUAGAGCUGGCAGAUGGAAGCUGCAGAGCCUGGCUGUGUCUGCCUCUCUUGCCCUGCUCCGAGGCUGCACCAUCGAGCCACCCCUCCUGUACUUGACCACCUGCCAGCCACGGACCCAGGAUCUGGGGCUGCGCUUGGCGAGGGCAGCCGGGAGCCUGUCCCUGACCGCGAACUGCAGUUGUUCCAGGUGUCUGACAGUAACCUCCCGGUCUGCCCUGGGAGACCACGGCCUCCACGCUGCGGGCUGGCCCAGCCUUCCUAACUGGCUGCCGGUGAAUGAGAUUAGGGCUCAAGGACCUUCGGGCCCGCAGGGAGGCUGGGGGGCCAACGUCUCCAGGGCCGCGUCCUGCAGAACCGCAUGCCAGCUUCCGUGGGAAAGAGGUGAGCGAGGCUCAGCGUCCUCAGCACCUGGACACGACCCCUAGUGCUGAUAAGAUUUUCCUGGAAAUCAACAGAGCCAGCUUUGAAGCGCGGAGGGCAGGCCGGGGGCGGCUCCACCACCUCUUAUCUUAAGCCAACCGCACCCCCACCGAGGGCCCCGGAGAACCCUGGCGUCUGUCCCUGCACGGGAGGGCGGAGCAGGACGCACAGCAGGGCGGGAGGAGCGCCGCCUGCGUGCGGCCAAACUCCCUCCCACGCCCGUCCUCCCGGGGCUGCAGCCGCCCGGGCCUCGGCCUCCACGACCCGAACGCGGGAGCCGGAGCCAGAAACACAAAGGACAGGCCCGCCCGGAACUGAACGGCCGACAGCGGUGCCCGCGCGGGCCGGAGCCCGCGGACCGUCGACGGUAUCGGGCCUUGGGUGCAUUGCAACCACGUAUGCCAAGCCACCUCAGCAGAACAAGAAAACACCAAGAAAGAAUGGGAAGCAUCUCUACACCCGUCCAACCCCCUGAAGCUGAAGCUCCGUCACUGACAGGACCAAGACAAAUCGUCUGGACCAUCUUAUGGAUGACCAUGUUACUCUGCUCCGAAGCUGCUAACGUAAGCCCGCACUAACCCGUCAGAAUCACCUGGAAACUGCAAAAUGGACUAGCACGUGAGAUGCUUAACUCAACCACCACAAUACAUCCACCAAAUACUUGGUGGCCAGACUUAUACUUUGACCUUAAGCCGGUGGUAAAUGUACCCUGGAAGAGGGGCUACCUCCGGAAUCAUGCAUUCUGGGCAUGUCCAGGUGCACCCAGGCACAACUGGAAGAUCUGUGGGGGGAUACAGGACUCUUAUUGUAAAUCUUGGGACUGCGUAACUUCCAAUGAUGGGUCGGAGGCUCCAGGGUAUAGACGGUGGGAUGUAGGAAAUCGGGACUUGCUUAACUUCUCGUUUGCUGGACCCAUACCUCUGUACUCUGAUUGGGAAAAGGAUCAUAACUUUGCCCAGGUAAAGAUAAGGUUUAACAUUGACAAAGCAAAAAAAGAGAAGGCCUGGGUCAACAGGAUAUCAUGGGGACUUCAGACCAGAAAUGACCUGACUACUUAUAAUGGGAUCAUUGUUGUGAGUCAAGUUUUAGAACCAGUACAAAUGUAUAGUAUCGGUCCAAACCCCGUUGAACAGGUCCAUGUAACUCCCUACCCGACAACCUCCCUACCUACAUUACAGAGACCAACAAAAGACCCAGAGGCGGGCCCCCUUGUUAAACUCGGACAUACAGAUCCACUAUGGAAAUUGGUAAAGGCAGCUUAUGCUACCUUAAAUCAGACCCAUCCUAAUGCAACUAAAUCCUGUUGGUUAUGUUACAACUUAAUUCCCCCUUAUUACGAGGCAGUAGGCCUCAACGCCUCUUACGACCUGGCCAACGGCACCGAUCCUCCCCAGUGUCGAUGGGGAGACCGAAAAGUAGGCCUGACAAUGAGAGAGGUGUGGGGAAGAGGGUUAUGUAUGGGCAAGGUAUCAUCAGGGAGGUCUCCACUGUGUGCGCAUGUCGUUGAGCCUACGGACUUGCCCGUAGCCAGGUGGCUAAUACCACGGAUGGGAGGAUGGUGGGUCUGUUCACACACGGGGCUGACUCCAUGCUUACACAGCUCAAUCUUUGACCCCAGAGAGGAAUUCUGUGUUAUGGUAGCGGUCGUGCCAAAAAUUCUGUACCGGCCAGAAGAAACAAUAUAUGAUUACUGGGCCCAAAGGCUGACCUUAAGUCCUCAGGAAAGAACUUACAGAGUUAAGAGAGAGCCUAUUACUGCCAUAACCAUAGCAACUAUGUUCGGUCUUGGAAUAGCUGGGGCCAGAACAGGAAUAACAGCCUUGUCCCUGCAAAGCCAGGGAUUCAACUCCCUGAGAGCGGCCAUAGAUGAGGACAUCACCUGUAUAGAGCAAUCUAUUAGUCAUUUGGAAUCGUCUUUAACUUCCCUAUCUGAAGUAGUUCUGCAAAAUAGAAGAGGAUUAGAUCUGCUUUUUCUACAACAAGGGGGACUCUGUGCAGCCCUAGGAGAAGAAUGUUGUUUCUAUGCUGAUCACACAGGAAUAGUCAGAGAAUCUAUGGCCAAAGUGAGAGAGGGACUAGCCCAACGCAAACGGGAACGUGAGGCCCAACAAGGGUGGUUCAAGUCCUGGUUUCAACGGUCCCCUUGGUUGACCACUCUAAUCUCCACGUUGCUGGGGCCCCUGCUAGUGCUUCUGCUGAUGCUCGCUUUUGGUUCCUGUGUUAUCAAUAGACUUGUAGCUUUUGUAAAAGAACGUAUAAACACAGUACAGCUGUUGGUGCUUCGGCAACAAUAUCAAACUGUGUCUCAAAACCAAGAGGAAGAUUCCUCGAUAUGAUCUAAGGACGGGGGGAAUGUUAGGGGCCAAAUUCCGGCUAUGACAAGCUCAGCAAGGUACACUAAGCCCAGGACCUGAGUUAUGUUUCCUUAACAGAACAUUCCUUGACCAAAUUAGGAAGACUUCCCGUACACACCAACCAGAAAGAGACAGGACAUGCGCUCAUCCUGCCUGGCCAAUCAUGUAAGGCCAGCUACCCCUGUAACAGACAAAGAGCUGCCUGUAUAUAAGCCGCCAUACUCCUUUGUUCGGGGCUCUUGUCAGAUUCCAGUGUGCUGGAUGAGACUUGGGCCCUAGCGCGCUAGAA